AUGCGUGUCGAGUUACAAAAUGACCAAUCUGGAAACAUAUACUCUAAACAACUCAUUGGCAUUGGUAAUGGCAAAUUUCCUAUAGACAUGUUGACUGGCUGCAUUAAUUUUCCUCGAAGUUUUGGUCAGUUAACUCRAUCAAAAUAUGAACUUAUUCAGAAGGUGUUUUCAGAUGUUGCUCGAAAUUACAGAAACCAUGAUUGGUUGAGCGAACGAGCUAUAUUGGUUGMAAAAAACAUARAUGUAAAUGAAUUAAAUUUCAAAAUUCAAGAACAAAUUAGAAGUGAAUCAAGGAUAUAUAAAUCAGUUGAUUUGGCAACUAACCAAUAUGAUGUAGUCAACUAUACAACAGAAUUUUUAAACUUGCUGGAUUUACCAGGAUUGCCACCUCACAAUCUUCAAUUAAAGGUUGGAUCGGUAGUUAUAAUUUUGCGAAAUAUCAACCCACCGCGUCUUUGCAACGGCACACGGUUAACGAUAAAAAAAAAUACCAAACAACGUGAUAGACUGAUAGAACGAACUAUACUGAAAGGAAAGUAUAAAGGAGAAGAUGUUCUCAUACCGUGCAUCCCAAUGAUUCCGACUGAUGUGCCAUUUGAGUUUAAACGACUACAGUUUCCAGUGCGGCUUGCUUUUGCUAUGACCAUAAACAAGUCUCAGGGGCAAUCAUUAAGUGUUUGUGGUAUUAAUCUGGAAAACCCAUGUUUCUCRCAUGGUCAAUUGUAUGUUKCCUGUUCCCGUGUUGGAAAACCAUCAAAUUUGUUUGUCCAUGCGCCAGGUAAUCAAACAAAAAACAUCAUAUAUCACAAAGCACUACAAUGA